GGGAGGGCGCCUGGCGUGUCAACCACCGAGCAUCGAAGAUCUCUCAUCGCCAGAUGCGGAAGGCACGAGGCGUCAGCUUGAGAGUACUCCUGUUAGUGGCGUCAGCGCUUGUCCUGCUGCUGGCGAGGAGGACAGGAGCACAUGACCUUGCAGACGGUAAGAAGGUGCAUGUGGGCUAACCCACAACCGCUGGAAAGGAAAGAGGUACUGACACACAUCUGGAUCUCCGUGUGCGCGCACAACCAGAUGAUGAGGAGUUUGAGGCCUCCCCCGCCUCCCCGCCCGAGCAGCCCAAGAGCACUGUCCCGUCCGCCCCACAACCGUCAUCGGCCGGACACACGCACGGCGGUGUGAAGCCCGGUACUGGGCACCAUCACGAGGACGAAGAGGAGUUCGACCAUGCCCCGAGCGAUAAGGGAACCCCGUGGGCCAACAGAGGCAAAGGUGCGCACGGACGGAGUGUGACCAUCGUUGCCCGCUUGUAUGGACACACACGUGUGCAGGUGCAGGUGGCGGCAAGCAGCGAAGGGACCAACCGCCGUCGAGAACCAUGCGGCCCCGCCCUAGGAAAACCCCUGAGGACUUCAUCCCUGAGCUGUUGGCCGGCAUGCUGUUCGUGUUCUAUCUGGUGCACAUGUACUUCGGCAAAAACUACAACAAGAAAAUCGCCAUCGCCUGGUGAGUGAGUGAGUCAGCUCAUAGCCGCACUUACGAAUGCAGCCAGCCAGCCACGUGUGUGUGUGUAGGUUUGAGGAGAAUGUCGAGACGCUCGAAAAGAGCUUUGCUAUUGUUGGCUUCGGCAAGGACCCUAAGGAGGGGCCGUACAUCAGGUCAGUAGCGGCUCGAGCCACCAGACACACAGCCGUCAUCCACUCACGUCUUCCGUGGUGUGUGGUGUGGUGUGUCAGGCAAGAGUCGUGGGAUGAGUAUCUGUUCUAUGCGAGUGGGCGUCAGGGGUGCAGCCACCUGCUGGCCCGCCUGCAGCUCGACCGUCGGCAGGACGCCGUCCACUCGUUCAUCCUCAAGUACAUCACACCCAGACCUGACACAUGCAUCAUCGAGAUACCAUUCGACUCUAUGGUAUAGAGCACACCGAAGCACAGAAACACAGGGAAGUAUGUGUGUGUGUGUGUGUGUGUGUCCGUCUGCCGCCAACAGGACACCUAUGUGAUGGCUGUGCUGCGCCGGAAGGACCAGAAGAUCAUCCACAACAAGUAUGAGGACCUGGUGAGCGGCCACCAGCCCCACCCCAAGCCACCCCAAGCCACCUCACUUUUUUUCUCUCUCCUCCCUCCGUUCGUUCAUCAGAAAGAGUUCGCCAAGGCCCGCAAGUCGGACCUGCCCCAGAGCCUGGUGGUGCUGGCGGACUCGGGCGACCCCGUGGAUCAUCUGCUGACUCCCCAGGUGGUCAAGGCCCUCACAGCCUUCGAGUCAUCCCUCGUCUGCCUCCACAUUUCCGACAUCCACGGCGGCAUCAAACUCCCCACCAGUGGUGGCAGUGGCGGAGGGGGCGCCAGUGGGUCGUCGAGCAGCGCCAGUGCUGAGUCGACCACCACAACCGCAUCAUCGGAGCCGGAGGGCAAGGACAGCCGAUACACACAGCCUGUGUAAGGGAGAGGGGGAGGGAGGGGGGACAGACGUCUUCAUUGCACUGACCGACACGUGUGUUCUGCGCUGCGUGGCGUGUGUAUCUGAUUCUCAGUCAGCGGGGUUUGCGGCUGGAGUAUCGGCUCCCCGAUCCCAACAAGAUGACCGACUUCGCGUGAGAAAGAAGGGAUCAGAUCAGAUGAUCCACGCACACAACACAAAAUGGGAGCGGGUAUGUGCUGUUCUUUGCUGUGCUGUGCUGCCUGUCUGCAGCGACCUGCUUCGCCUCGCCCUGUAUCUGAUCGAGCCCGCGUCAGCCCUCAGGAUAUCUGAAAAGGUGAGGUGGGCAGCCGAGCCAUGCACCGAACGACCAUUCAUUCUGUCAUCCACCCGUGGCGUUGUGUGUGCGUCUCUCUCUGUCUCUGUCAGUCCCGCUCGACUGUCAACGAUGCGCGUCGUGAGGUGGAGAGGGCGCAGUUCAAGGAGAGCGAAGCCGAACGACAGGAGGUCAGCCGGGGGGCAUAAGGGGCAUACUCACUCACUCUCACACUCAUGGCGUUGCGCUUCAUGGUGUCCACCCACAGAAGAUCCAGAAGCGCAAGUUGGAGAAGAAGAAACAGGAGGAAGAGGAAUUUGAGAAACUCACACCUGUUAGCAGAAAUGGAUGGAUGGAUGGAGGGAGGGACGCACAAGGCUACCUGUGUGGGGCGUGUGUAUAUGGAUGUGUGUGUGCAGGAGCAGCAGCGCAAGCGAGAGGAGAAGAACCACAAGAAGUCGCUCAAACAGAGGCAACCCAAAUUUAAGGUGAGCCAGUACUGCGGGCUGAGAGUGCCGAAGACAGAGAGAAGAAGGCACACACCGAACGAAGACAACACUCACGUGUCCGUGUCUGUCUGUGUGGUGCCUGGCCUGCCUACCUGCAGAUGAUUCGAAUGUAAUGUGACUUGGCGGACUCCUGUGGUGCCUUUCCUUUCCUGAUGCCGCAUCUGCCUAGCACUCGCUCUUCAUCUCCAUCUCUCUACAUCCACGUCGGUUCAUUCCGUACAGCUGCCGUGUGUUGCAUUUGGUGGGGGUGCUGUGUGGGCGGGGUGCAUGUCUGUCUGCCUGUCUGCCCGUCUGCCUGUGCUGGCUGAGAGUGGCUGAGUUGCUGAGGAUCGAGAUGAACACGCAGUCGUGCAGUGCUCAUCUCGAUGAAGAGCGACUCAGCCACUGCCAGCCAGCACAAGCGAUGGAUGACACGGCUGACAUUCUCACGACUGUGGACGAGUUCGGUCUUGCUGCAUGUGGUGGUGUACAGUGAACCCACGCGGAAUGAAUGGGGCGGGCGCCGCUGAUCGAGGGAGGGGACGUGUGUGUGUGUCUGGCUGGCGUUUUUGGCUCUCUGCGGUGCGGACGGAUGACUUUUUUGGGACCUCUGUGUGUGUCGUAUCAAUCAAUGGGCUUUAGGGCGUCAGAGAGAGAAAAGGGAGGGAGGACGAGGCGUCAGUCAGUCAGCCAGACACUCGAGGAAAGAGAAUCCAGCCUACCGUCUACCACACCCCACCCAGGGACCGUCUCACCUGCCUACCUGCCUGUCUGCCUGCCCCCCGCCUUCCUGACUCGCCUGCACCACAUAUCCAGCGAGUCCAUGGGGAGAGAGCUACGGUAACCAACCAGCCAGCCAUCCAUCCGUCCACCUCUGCCUCACUCAUGGCAAGUCCCGCCACGACCACCGCGAGAGGCGGGGAGGGACGUGGGUGGUGACCUGCCAGCAGCCCGCGGAAGACGUUUGCUGCUGCGUACGCCCAUGGCCAUACGUCCGUCAUGGUUAAGGGAUUGUUGGAGAGCUGCCGCCCCGACGGGGCGUACUGUGGAUGCACACAUAACAUACACACAUGGGUGCAUGACGUGACGUGUCGUGUGGCUGUCUGUGUAUUUUUGGUACCUACGCUCUGCACACCGACUGUUACGUUCGGAUUGACACACAAGGAUCUCAACUAUUGAGGGAAGGGUUGAGAACCCUGAAAC